AGGCCACUGAAGCAAAUCCAGGGAGAUUGACUUGGAAGUGAAGAGAGAAGAGGAGAUCUGCCUGCUUGGCUUCCUGAAACAGGGGGUUUCUAUUUUUUUUUCUCCCUUUGCCUGGGACUCGAAAGGGGACAGAAUUUCCACACGAUCAUUUACGGAGAGCAGCCCAGCAGGGUCAAGGCUGGGAGGAGUGGACACAGCCACAAGCAGCGAAGCCAGGUGGAGGCACGAAGGCAGAAGAGCGGGUGGACGAAAGCAUGAGGUGGCUCCUGGGCAGCAGCUGGAGGAAAUUUGGACACGCUGACAGGGGGAACUAUGACUGGCUGAACACUGAACCAGGUGGGCCACUUCUGGAAACAGAGCUCCAGAGUAGACAACAGACAAGUUCAACCAAAGAUGACAUAGAGCCAUUUCUGUGCAUCAUUUUGCCUGCCACCAUGAUGCUCUUCCUGGCAUUCCUGCUGCUCUUCCUGUACCGCCGCUGCCAGCGCCCCAUCCCACAAGGGCAGAUCUUCAGCAUUGACCUCCCUGAGGCCCUGCCUGAGCACGACGUGUCCAAUUUCCUUUCUGUGCUGCCCUGGAACAGCGAGCAGAGUUUUCACUACUCCACUCUCCUCCCAGAUGCCACAUUCCUCUCCAUGUGUUUGCCUCCAUCCUACGAGGAGGCCACUACAAAGACUGCCCUGGAUGAGGCUCACAUUGAGCUCUCUCCAGACCCAGUGCCUCCUUACGAAGAGAGCACACUGCCAUCCAGCAGCACCAAAUAA